UCAUCAUCAUUAUAAUUAUCAUCAUCUAAUGAAUAUAAAUCAUUUAAUAUUGAUCAUUAUUUUAUUAAUAUAUCAAAUUGCCUUUAUAUCUAAUGUAUCUUGUUUAGGAAUUUUUCAAUUACGACUUGACAGAUUUGUCAAUGAAUAUAAUCGUGAUGCAUCCGGUCGUUGUUGUUCUGAUGUUCAUUCGGCUGGACUUAAUAAUAAUAAUAAUAAUGGUGUUGUUGACCAUAAUAAUAAAUCAACAACAACGACAACAAUUUGUGAACAAAAAUGUCAAACAUUUUUUCGUUUUUGUUUUAAAAAUUAUCAAGCAAAAAUUGACACAAAUUCUGAUUGUGUUUAUGGAGAAAAAACUACACCAGUUCUUUCACCAAUAUCAUCAUCAUCAUCAUCAAUAACAAGUGAUAGUCAUCAUCAACAUUAUUCUCAUCAUCAUCAUCAUAAUAAUAAUAAUAAUAAUAAUUUUCAACAUCUUAAUUCAUAUUAUAAUUAUACCAUACAAUUUCCAUUCAAUUUUACAUGGCCUGGUACAUUUUCAUUGAUAGUUGAAGUAUGGAAUAAUGUUAGCCAAAAUCAUCAUCAUCAUCAUUUGUUGAUUGAUGAAAAACAAUCACCACCACCAUCAUCAGCAGCUGCCGAUCAACAUCAUCAUUAUCAUUCAUCGACAACACCAAAUCUAAUAAUUAGAUCAUUUGAAUCACGACGUAAUAAAUUGGCAGCCAAUAAUGAAUGGACUUAUCAUGAAACACGUAUUAAUCAUACAUUAUUACAAUAUUCAUAUCGUAUACAAUGUAAUGAUAAUUAUUAUGGAAAUUUUUGUACAAUCAAAUGUACACCACGUAAUGAUGAUUUUGGCCAUUAUAAUUGUGGUUCGAAUGGUGAAAAAAUUUGUCAUCAAGGUUGGACUGAUGAAUAUUGUAAUAAACCAAUAUGUCGAUCAUGUAAUGAAACAAAUGGUUCUUGUAUGCAACCAGGUAAAUGUAAAUGUCGUUUAGGUUGGACUGGUGAUGAUUGUCAACAAUGUCAACAAUAUCCAAAUUGUAAACAUGGUUAUUGUAUUGCACCAUUAGAAUGUAUUUGUAAAGAAGGUUGGGGUGGUCUAUUUUGCGAUAAAGAUCUAAACUAUUGUACAAAUAAUCAACCAUGUAAAAAUGGUGGACUUUGUACAAAUACUGGUGAAUCAUUUACAUGUCAAUGUCCACCCGGAUAUAUGGGCAAAUAUUGUGAAAAAGAAUUGGAUAGCUGUGAACAUUCACCAUGUAAAAAUGGUGGUACAUGUAAGAAUAAUGCCAUAACAAAUUAUACUUGUGAAUGUUCAAUUGGUUUUGGUGGUCGUCAUUGUGAACAAUCAUUAAGUGUUUGUUCAGAAGAUUCAUGUGAAAAUGAUGGUAUCUGUAUUGAUAGACCAAUCGGUUAUUUAUGUGCCUGUAAGCUUGGUUAUUCUGGAUCACGAUGUCAAAUUCGGCAAAAAGGAUGUUCACCAAAUCCUUGUCAUGGUGGAUCAUGUUCGAUGAAUACAACUGAUGAAACAUAUAGUUGUAAAUGUCAUGCCGGUUUUACUGGUGAUCAUUGUGAAAUCAAUAUUAAUGAUUGUGAAUCAAAUCCAUGUUUAAAUAGUGGUAGUUGUUUAGAUGAAAUCAAUGCAUUUCGUUGUCGUUGUCCACCAGGUUUUGUUGGUGAACUUUGUGAAGUGAAUAUUGAUGAAUGUUCAAUGAUGAAACCUUGCCAAAAUGGUGCUACUUGUGUUGAUCGUAAUAAUGAUUAUCUUUGUAUAUGUCCAUCCGGAUUUACCGGUAAAGAUUGUUCCAACAAUAUUGAUGAUUGUGCAGGAUCACCAUGUUUUAAUGGUGGUAUAUGUCAUGAUCGUAUCAAUAGUUUUGAAUGUCAAUGUCGUCCAAAUUAUCAUGGUAAUCGUUGUGAAUUUUUCAAUUCAACAACUACACCUACAACAACAGCAACAAAUUUUUUGCUAGCCAAUUUAUCAUUACCAUUUUGGGCGGAAAAUAGUGAUAAAAAUGAUAAUAAUAAUAAUAAUUUAAUUAAAUUAUCAUCAUCAACGAAUCAAAUUUCAAUGAUUACAAUUAUUUAUUCAUCAUUAAUCAUAUUGUUGGCUAUUAUAUUUAUAAUCAUUGGAAUUAUUAUAUUUAAACGAUUACGUAAUUAUGCAUUGAAAAUGAAACGUCGUCGUGAUGAAGCUGAUGCACGUCGACAAAAUGAACAUAAUGCUAUUAUGAAUAGUAUGAAUAAUAAUAAUAAUAAUAAAUAUUUGGAUCUAAAUCGUCAAACACCGAAUGCAAAUAUUAUUGUCAACAGUUUAAAUCGUCCAGCAUCAAUACAUCAAUUGAAUAAAUGUCAUAAAGUUACAAAUGAAUAUGUAAUCACCGGUGGUAAUGAUCAUCAUCAUCAUCAAUUCUAUCAACAACAUAAUAAAUGUGCUACAUUACAUAAUGGUUUUCGAGCAAUGAAUCUAAAUAAUAAUAAUACAAUGAAAGAUAAAAUGAUAAUGAUCAACAAUAACAACAACAACAAUAUUAGUGAACAGAAAAUAUCUACCACUAUUGAUGAUCCAUAUAUGCAUACAUAUGAACAAAUUCAUCAACAUCAACAUCAACAACCGUUAAAACAAUAUAAAUCAAAAUGCAAUUUAUUAGCAAAUAAUCUUACUACUGUUGAUCAACAACAACAAUUAUAUUUGGAUCAAUAUUCGAUGAAAAAACAAUCUAAUCUUGAUCUAUAUAAAAGUGAUUUUCUUAUUGUAGCCAAUAAUUAUAAUUCAUCGGAUGAUAAUAUUCUAACAACAACAAUACCAUCAUCGAUGAUAAAUCAUAAUCAUUAUGGCCGAUCAAAAUCUGUUUAUAAUGUGAUAGAUAAUAAUGAUAAUGAUAUUUAUACACAACCAAUCUAUACCAAUAACAACAAUAUGAAUGGUGAUCAUCAUCAUCAACAACAAAAAGAGCAAAAAAUCAAUAAUAAACUUCAUGCGACAGAAGUUUAGAUUUUUAUUUAACCCGGGAAAAAUUGAUUUCAAUUAAUCAUCGAAAAUCAUUGAAACUGUCCAUUGUUUUAACAAUUUAAAUCACCACAGACGAGCUUAUCA